AUGUUCAGUUCACCACGUGCGCAGCGCCCCGCACCGGUGACGACUGCAUCCUCCACAUCUAUCACAGGCCAUAACAGCGCGUUGUCCCAAUUACAACCUGCGCAGGUGCGCACCUUACGUGAAGGCUUCCAGAUUCUGGACCGAGACAGCGACGGCACCGUGAACAGGGAAGAUGUCGCCGACAUGCUGAAUCAGCUUGGCCUCCCGUCUAAUGCGACAGAAGUAUCCCGCUUCUUCCCUUCUUCCGGUCCGCAGACCAUCACGCUCGCAGCUUUCCUGAACAACGUUGCCAGCAGCUUGGCCCCUCUUUCUCCCAGCGCUGAGCUGGCCUCAGCAUUUUCCGCGUUUGACGACGACGACAGCGGCCAGAUAGACCUGGCGGAGCUCCGGGACGCCCUUUUACAUACGGCACCGGAGCCGGGGGAGAGGGCACUGACAGCCGCGGAAAUCGAUCAGGUCAUGAGCGGGUUCUGUGGAAAGAGGGCGUUCGGUGGCAAGGUGAAGGGCGGAGGAGCAGCAGGCUUCGGAAAGAGGGGGGAAGUGUUCCGCUACCAUGACUUUGUAAAUUCCAUUGCUGGAGGCCACGGAAACGGAGGGGCGGCUGAGGAGGAUGAGGCGCAGGAGUAA